AUAGGCAAGCAAGGCAGUUUGGCGCGUGAAGCCGAAUAAGACGCACGUACGCGAGCUUCGUGUGACUAUUUAGUUAUGUAGUAGCGCCGCGCACCUCUCUGUUUGGACAAGUGCUAAGUUGAUCGUUUCAUGUGAUACUCUUUGACGCCGGAAUUAUGUUUUAAAUUAACUGUUCGAUUUUCAAAUUGUUUUAUUGUGUUUUGGUUUUGUUUUAAUAACUUUUUUACGGACUGAAUCAAGUGGAUUUUAUCUUUGUGGAUAUUGGAGAAUUAAAUUAAGAAUGACUCCGCAAGAGGAGCGCGAGAGCGCGCGCGGCGCGGAGAUCGCCGACGCUUUCGAGGACGACAUGUUCGGGCCUCCGCGCACCGAGCCCGCCGCCCGGCCCAAGCUCUCCAUGAUCUCCGCCCGUCUGCGCGCUAAUGAGGAGCGCAAGCGGGUCAUCGAGAUCUGCACACAGAAACUAGAAAACCUCGAAGACCCAGGACGUGACCUUCGCAGAUCAGUAUGCAUAAACAACACCUUCUGCAGAUUAAGCGAAGAAGUGCGUCGAGAAAAAGAGGCACGAAGACGCCGCGCUAGAGAGGAAUGCGAUGACUCCUGGAUUGGAAAAAAAAGCCGACGCGCCGUCGAGGAUGAAUGUCUAGCGUUAUUAGAUGCGAUUCCGGAACUAGGAGACGCGAAUCUUGGUUGUGCGCAGUUGGCGCGGCAGAUGCCCCGGCAGGAUGUCCCCUUGUUGCCCUCUGGGCUGCUGGUGCUCGACUCAUGACCGCGCCGCAGCGCGCACAUACACACCCCACUGUGAUGCGAGCGCGGCGAGUAAAGCUCAUGUCGAGUCGCUGACCGCUCCAUGACGCUCGUGGCGUGGACACUGCGCCACGAGCCACGACCAUGGCUCACUCGGAAACAAAUCUGCUCCGGAUUCGUACGCAGGAUCGAGGUCGCACACCGCGGCUCGAACACCGGACGAUAUUCCCUCGUUACCGGAUCCGACGGACGACGCUUAGCCAAUUCUUUGUUGUUAAGAAGAGUACUUACUUUGUUAGCGUGUUUUUUUAUUAUUUAGUGAAAGUUGCUCAGGCGCUGCCGACGGGCGCGGUCCAAUUAGUGUUCAACGAUUUAUUUUUACUAUCGAACUGAAGACUUUAGUGAGUGAGACGGACGUCGCGACGCAUCGUGGCGACGUCGAGCCAGAAAUGGAAGGUUAAAUGGUUUUUAUCGGAGAUAUAGUUAUAAGUGAUAAUUAUUAUGUUACAUUAUUGUACUAUAAAUAAAUAAAGUUAAGAUUUAGUGCAAAACGACUGGGAACGGUUGCGAGUUGCUCCAUCAAGAAUCAUAGUUAAUUUGAAUAGUAUUAGGUGCGUUGUACUGUGUCCGGCCUUUUGUGGAUUGGGAUGCAAGCCGGUUUCGAGGUACCGCUUCAACCGAACCAAGUGACAUGUUCGAAAGUGAAACAAUAAGUGUUUGCAUUUUAAUAUUUUAAGACCGAUUUGAUCAUUGUAAAAAAUUAUAAUCUUUAAAUGGCAUUAAACCUCGAGUUAUAAGAUAUUUAAACGUUUAAACAUUCAUUGUGUUGUGUGCACUGGUCGGUUGAUGACGGUACUCAAUACCCGAACAAUUUCAAUUAUGGCCAGCAUUUGCAUCCAACCAUCAAAUGUUUGACACACAUGUCGCAUUUUGUCACAAGUCUGAUUUCUAUCUAUGAGUUCUCAACAGUCUUUAGGUUUAUUAUUUUUGUUUUUUUUUUUUUUUGUUUCGUGUUACCUUAAGACACCAUUAUUAUAAGCAAUUGUUACCAUUAUCAUAAUUGGUUUAUAUGUCGUUGUUAAGAUGUAAGUGAAUGUUCAAUGCGAGAAUUGUUUUCAAUAUUUAAAUUGUAACAAGUGUUGAACAAACGUUGGUUGUGCAAUGAAUUUGCAAUCAAUAUUGUGCAAUUGGAGUGAACAACGGCGGAGUUCCUUCUUUUGAAAUCUUAAUUGUCGCAAAAUAUAUUGGUAGUAGCCCGUUUCGCCCCCUCUGAAUAGUAAAUAGGUACGUGGGUGAGCGCGGGGGGAAGGGUGCUCGCAGUGGGGUCGGGAGAGGGGGAGGGGUAGGAGGCGGCCGUUCCCAGCACUCCUGUGAUAUUAGCCUAGCCUGUGUGUCGUAUUUGUGCUAGUUUCCCCAACCUUGUUUGGAUCGCUGUAUUUAAAAAUGCUUCCAAAAUUAAUUUCCCUCUUAUUGGCCAUUUUAUACGGAAUAUCCGAUUUUAUAGUCGAAUGAGCGACUGUAGUUGCAUUUAAAUAGUCACCGUUUUACAACGUAGAUGAACUAUCGUUUUAUGAUUUGCGUUUGUAUGUAAUGUUGGUAAAUUAAAUUGUAAAUUUUUAAAUUAAGCGCUUAAUUACACCGAGGUGAUUUUACAGCAGUCGGUGUACCUAACUGUCAGUUCAGAAAGAACGCACAUUGAAUAUUCUUCUACUACAGUAGUUAUUAAUUCAACCAAAAUGUAUUUUACGGAACGAUUACCGAUAACAACGCACAUACCUAUUACAUUUAAGUUGGUUUUGAUGUACGAUAUUGUGAGUCACGUUGAGAAUGUAAAGGAAUGUUUGUAACACGAGACCAAAUCAGUAUCAAGGCAGAUAUUUUAGCAAAGACGUGGCUUCCAAUUUUCCUGAAAUGUGAGAUUUAUUAGAAAUAAAUAACGUUUGUACCGAACCUUAGUUUUGGUUUUUGAAGCAAGGUGUCCUAAAAUGCUACCAUUUAACAUAACCUUAGUACCAUAAAGUAUCAAAUACAAAAAGUCUUGAUUAUUCCAGAUAAUUAAUUAUUAAAAAUGUAGGAUUGAAAAGUUUUUGAACAAUAAACAGGAAUGAAUUCGCAUUUUAAUAAAUUGAAAUCAAUUUCGUCAUUUACGAUGCUGAGUGUCUACGCAGGGCUCUGCAAGGAAAAAUGAAUGGAAUAUUGUACACUAUCAGAUUAUUGGAUCUGCACGAACCUCCGCCAUUCCUCUCACACUCUACUCGAAGGAGCAAGACAGAUUAUGUACGGAAAACACGUAUACAAGCAUCGCUAGAAGGAAAUUUAGAUAUUGAUGAAACAGCAAUAAAAAUACAUGAUGCUCUUAGAGCAAAAGUAGAUUUGGACCAAAUUUUUCACGUAUUUAAAGAAACUUUACAUUAAAGUGCGAAUGGUUUUAAUUUCUGAAUUAAUUAGCUAGAGGAAAUCUUAAAGAUGAUUAUAAUACACAUUAUUAAAGUGCAAUUUUAAAAUGAAAUGUCAAAAUUCUAUUCAUACCACUUGUGCUACUACAAUAAGUUUUUUUUUCUCCAACCAAAGAUACUGAAGUAUAAUUCAUCUAUUGAACCUUUUACGAUACUUCUACGUCUUUCGGUCACAUUUUUCAAGAGUAAAUAACUACCGAGAGUGUAGUCGAGAGAUUACUGAACUAAAUACACUCAUCGACGAAGUUAUUUAUAAAGUAUUUUCAUUGUUUGAUUCCUAGUCUAAAGAAUCAAGUUUUAUAAGAAAAACUAUAAUAAAACUAAAUCGUUAAAGUAGCGCAUACAGCAAUCAAAUAAAUCCUAAGGUAGGUAAGUGUGCGCCAUUUUAAUGAUUUUGAAAGUAUUUCACGGAGUUAAGGAAAAUAAGCGUUCUGUAAAUGUUAUCAUAAUUUUAUUAUUGUGAUUAGCUGCUAUUUUAUAAAUGUUUCCUGUAUGAGCUAAGAGAUCAUUAAAUAAAUAUUAAAUAAAA